AUGGCAAUUGUAAAACAUGGUUUGCCAUUUAAGUUUGUUGAGUACAAAUGGAUUAGAGAAUUGCUUUCAUAUUUGAAUCCUGAUGUGAAGCAUGUGAGUAGGAAUACAACUGUUUCUGAUCUAUGGAAAUUCCAUCUUGAGAUGAAAGCGAAAUUGAAACAUGAAAUGCAUCAUUGUCAUAAUCGAAUUUGUUUGACUGCUUGUACUCAAGAGGGAUACAUUUGUUUGAUAGCCCAUUUUGUUGAUGACAACUGGAAAUUGAAUAGUAAAAUUCUUGCCUUUUGUAAAAUGGAACCUCCGCAUACGGGUCAUGAUUUAGCAAAUAAAGUGUUUGAAUGUUUGGCUGAUUGGGGAAUUGAUAGGAAAAGUUUUUCUAUAACUUUAGACAAUGCUACUGCCAAUGAUCGUAUGCAACAAAUUUUGGGUGAACAAUUAAGCUUACAAAAUAGCUUAUUGUGUGAGGGUGAAUUUUUUCAUGUGAGGUGUUGUGCUCAUAUCAUAAAUCUGAUAGUUCAAGAGGGUUUAAAAGUGGCUGAAGUUGCUUUGCACAAAAUUAGAGAAAGCAUUAAAUAUGUGAAAGGGUCAGAGGCAAGAAAAAUAGCAUUUACUAAAUGUGUUGUUCAAGUGAGGGGUAUUGAUACUAAAGUGGGCUUAAGGUUAGAUGUACCUACUAGAUGGAAUUCUACUUUUCUGAUGCUUGAAAGUGGUCUUAAGUAUCGUCGAGCUUUUGGAAGUUUCACUAUACAUGAUAGAAACUUUAAACAUUGUCCAAUAAAUGAUGAGUGGAAAAGAGCUGAAAGGAUGUGUGAAUUUUUAAGGCCAUUUUAUAAGAUAACCAAUUUGAUUUUAGGGACAUCUUAUCCAACCUCUAAUGAAUAUUUUAUGCAAGUAUGGAAAAUUGAGUGGUUGUUAAGGGAUACUCUAAGAAGUGAUGAUCCUUUAAUGAAAGACAUGGCAAAAAGGAUGAUGAAUAAAUUUGACAAGUAUUGGAGUGAAUAUAGUAUCAUUCUUUCAAUUGCCAUGAUUCUUGAUCCACGAAUGAAACUUGAAGCACUCCGAUUCUAUUAUUCAAAGCUUGAUCCUUCCACUUGUGAUUAA